AUGGAUUCCAAACUCUUUGGAGUUUCCCUUAGAUCUUCCCUUUCUUAUUGGACCCAACUGGGUAAAAGAGGUGUUUGGAUUAAACUUGCUAUAAAACAUGCCAAUCUUAUUGAAGCUGCUCUCAAGGAAGGUUUUAGGUACCACCAUGCAGAACCAGAAUAUGUAAUGCUAACCAAGUGGCUUCCUAAAGAUGAACCCAAUAGUCUUCCUGCAAAUGCAUCUCAUAGAGUGAGUGUGGGUGCUUUCGUCAUCAAUCACAAGAAAGAGGUAUUGGUUGUUCAAGAGAAGAAUGGAAUGUUAAGAGGAAAGGGUGUUUGGAAGUUUCCUACAGGAAUGAUCAAUCAGGGGGAGGACAUUUGUGCUGCGGCCGCGCGGGAAGUUAAAGAAGAGACAGGGGUGAUUACUGAUUUUCUCGAUCUUUUGGGAUUAAGACAACAUCACAAGGCCUUUUUCCUGAAGUCAGAUCUUUUCUUUGUGUGUUUACUGCAACCGUUGUCCUCCAACAUCCAAGUUCAAGAAUCAGAAAUUGAAGCAGCUCAGGUAUAUUUGAAUAUUAUACAGUACUUGCUGGAAAUAUAUACGAUACUGUCAAUGAUUUAACUCAACU